AUGUCGACGACAGACGGCUCCGUCCGCGUCCACCAGGCGCCGAACCUGCCCUCCGACCAUGCGCCGGAGCAGAUCAAGCAGCAGCAGCCGCCCUCGCGGGGGCCGGCCACAUACUUCCCUCUGGGUUACAAGGAAGCCGCCUACCAAUGGUGGUCCAGCGUAACACCCUCUAUGGCAGAGAGGAAUGUCUUAUCUUUCAUGCCUAUUCUUAAAGAAGCCGCCGACAGCCUUGCGAACCCCAAUGCCACCGAGACGACGUACCCUCUGGGCACCAGGAUCUGGAAACGGUCCAUGGUCCAGCUCUCGGGGAAGAACCGCGCAUUGAACGAAGUCUCUGUUGAGCGGGCAGGCGAGGAGCACGAGGAAACCCUGGUCAUGCUCCAUGGCUACGGUGCCGGUCUCGGUUUCUUCUACAAGAACUUUGAGCCCCUCUCGCGAGUAUCAGGAUAUAAGCUGUAUGCCCUCGAUAUGCUGGGCAUGGGCAACUCAUCGCGACCACCUUUCAAGAUCAACGCCAAAACGAGGGAAGAGCAGGUGAUUGAGGCCGAGAACUGGUUCGUCGAUGCUCUUGAAGAGUGGCGAAAGGAGAGAAAGAUCCAGCGAUUCACUCUUCUCGGCCACUCAUUGGGAGGAUACCUCGCUGUAUCGUACGCCCUCAAGUACCCCGGCCAUCUCAACAAGCUCAUCCUCGCAUCGCCCGUCGGCAUCCCCAAGGAUCCCUUCGCCACAACCGCUGCGAUGCCUGAGCCCGGAGAGUCGACAAUGGAGCAGGAGUUUACGGAAGAUCAGCAGGCCGUCACCGAGCCAUCCCGAGGCAACGCGAGACAAACCUCCACACCCCCAGCUCAGCCAAAACGUCCACUGCCAGGGUGGCUUGUCUGGCUCUGGGACCAAAACAUCUCCCCUUUCAGCAUCAUCCGCAUGACUGGUCCCCUUGGCCCUCGCUUCGUGUCGGGAUGGACCUCCCGCCGAUUCAACCACCUCGAGCCCACUGAGGCCCAGGCCCUCCACGACUACUCCUUCUCCAUCUUCAAGCAAAAGGGAAGCGGCGAAUACGCUCUGGGAUACAUCCUCGCCCCCGGCGCCUACGCCCGACGACCCAUCAUCGACCGAGUCCAACACCUGGGUCGCCAGCCGAUCCCCCAACCCGAGGCGGGUCAGCCCGCCAAGGAGACCGGCUACCCCGUCGUCUUCAUGUACGGCGAGAACGACUGGAUGGACGUCGCCGGCGGCCUGGCCGCCGAGGAGAAGCUCAAGCAGGCCCGCCUCGACAUCCUGCUCAACGGCACCGAGGAGGAGAAGCGCGCCGAGAACGGCAGCGCCAAGGUCGUCAUCGUCCCCAAGGCGGGCCACCACCUGUACCUCGACAACGCGGACAACUUCAACGACGUCAUCCGCAAGGAGCUGGAGGAGACCAAGGCGUCCGAGAGGAAGCGGAGAGCUCAGCUGUCCGACUCAUAA